AUGACGGCACGUCUCAGUCUUCUCAUGAUCUACUUUGCGAUUCCUGGUGCCAUUGCACUACCUCCACGGCUUUGUCCAGCAUCGUGCUAUUGCGAGACUGUUGAUAAGAUAAGUUGUGAACACGCAGAUUUCGAUAGUGUCCCUACGAAUUGGCCAGUAACCGUCCGUAUUUUGAUCUUCAAAGACUGCUCUAUCACCCACAUUCAGAAGCAUGCUUUCAGAAGAUAUGCGAACUUGGAAGAGUUGAUAAUUGAAAACUGUGAUCGUUUAAAUUCUCUGCAAAAAUUCGCCUUCAAGGGUCUCAAUCAUCUCAGGUUACUCCGAUUAUCGAACAAUUCAAAUCUGAAGGAUAUUGCUAAGAGCGCUUUCUCGUUGAUUUCAAACACUCAUGGACUACGAAUCCAGUUAGAUGAUAACGCAUUCACAGUGAUUCGACCUGGCUUCUUCAGACAGUCGAAUCAUCUUCGAGAACUAUCGAUUAAAGGCAAUAACUUGCAUAUCCAAGCGAAUGCGUUUGCGGGUCUAACUCGUAUCGAUUUUUUCAAUUUGAUAGGUGUUUCGUCUAUUCAACCACUGGCUUUCGAAAAUGUUUCUCGUAUUCACAGGUUCGAAAUAAGCGGCUCAAAUCUGUCUUUGACUAAAGGCUUUUUAUCAUCGAUGUCACAUGUCAGAGAGAUUCAUAUAAGUUCAAAUCAGAUCGAGUUCAUCGAAACAGCUGCCUUCGAUGGUAUCUUCACGAUUGGACGUCUUCAACUCAGUGCAAAUUCCAUACAAAAUAUAUCUGCGCACGCAUUUUCGUCGAUUGUAAAUAUUGGUGAAUUGAUUAUCGAAGAUAAUUUUAUCGCACACAUCAACGCAGAAUCAUUGUUAAGUUCAGCUUGGAGAACCAAAUUCCGUGAUAAUACUCUUCGCUGUGGCUGCGAAAUCGCUUGGAUAAAACAUUCAAGGGAUGUGAUUUUAUUGAAGCGUAAUUUCUGUGGUCCAGAGGAGAACUAUAUUUCCUUGAUGAACUAUGAAGCUAGAUGUGUGCCGAUCCAUCAGAAUGCAUUAUCGCGUUUUAACGCAUUCUCUAAUUCAUCUUUGUUGUACCUUUUGUUAUUAUUCCUUUACAUGAUUGUAUUAUUGUGA